GGGUUUUUGGUCCCCCUCAACCUCUGCUUCCGCACCAUAUAUAUUCGAAGCCGAGCUCUGCAAGAAACCCUAGCUGCGGAUUUCGCUCUCCUCGAAUCUCCGGAGGCAAAUCUUUGGGACGGUCUCUAGAGAGGACGAAAAAUGAGUAAGCUUCAAAGUGAGGCAUUAAGAGAAGCUAUCUCAGGGAUAAAAAAUGAUUGCAAUGAAAAGAAACGUAAUUUUACCGAGACAAUCGAGCUUCAGAUUGGAUUGAAGAACUAUGAUCCCCAGAAAGAUAAGCGUUUCAGUGGUUCUGUGAAGUUACCGCACAUUCCUCGCCCAAAGAUGAAAGUCUGCAUGCUUGGUGAUGCUCAACACGUGGAAGAAGCAGAGAAGAUUGGCCUGGAUUAUAUGGAUGUCGAAGGGUUGAAGAAGUUGAACAAGAACAAAAAGUUGGUUAAGAAACUAGCAAAGAAGUACCAUGCUUUUCUUGCGUCUGAAGCUGUGAUCAAGCAGAUUCCUCGUCUUCUGGGCCCUGGUUUGAACAAGGCAGGAAAGUUUCCCACCCUUGUCACCCAUCAGGAGUCCCUUGAUUCCAAAGUUAACGAGACUAAGGCAAUGGUGAAGUUCCAACUCAAGAAGGUGCUCUGCAUGGGUGUUGCUGUCGGUAACCUCUCUAUGGAGGACAAGCAGAUCUUCCAGAACGUUCAACUCAGUGUGAACUUCCUGGUUUCGUUGUUGAAGAAGAAUUGGCAAAAUGUCAAGUGCCUCUACUUGAAAAGCACCAUGGGGAAGCCGUACCGAGUCUUCUGAGGUGUGCAAUGUAUUUUGAUAGGGAGUUACUAGAAAAGAGAACUCGUGUGGCCCCAACCAUUGAGAAGUUACCUUGGUGUUCUUUCUUGUCAGCUGUUUUUGCCAAAAGUUUUGGAAUUCAAUGACAAUCUUUAGUCGGAACGUUUCCAUUUUGUUA